GGACCUAUGUUGGACUUUAGUGUGUCCAAAUCUGUCUUGAACCGAGAAGCCCAGAAUUAGGUCCAGAGCUGCAGGUUUGGCCUUCUGGCAGCACUUCUUCUAAUGCAGCCAAGAAUACUAUUGUACUUUGCUGCAAGGUUACAGUGUUGGCUCACUUUCAACUUGACAUCUACCAGGACACCCAGGUUCUUUUCUGCAGAGCAGCUUUUCAGCUGGGUGGCCCCAGUAUAUAUCGCUGUGUAGCUGUCAGUUAUAAGUUGUUUCUGGAGACUGACUGCUUCACUGGAAAGAAUUUGUGCAUAAGCAGAGGCAGCUAGUGACAUAGAAAAGUCAUUUGGUGCUAUGUCCUUUGAUGAAACGUCCACAUAGUAGUUAAGAAGCAGCAGAAUGUAGUCACUGGAGAAAAUUUGAGGGAACCGUGUGUCAUAAAUCAGCUGAUAACAUGCAGUCUGUGUUUUUUAACUCUUGUCUUUGCACCCACAUACUAUUUAAAGAAUCUUAAAAGCAACCUGUCACUCUAAGCUAUCAGAUCCUGUUUCAGUUUGGGAGGGGUAAAGGGAAGAGUUUGACAUUCCUCAGGCUCGCACUUCCAUCAAAUCUACCCUCUGCUUUUCUUCUGGGAAUUGAUGGUUUUUUAUUGGAGAAUGUCACAGAAGAGCUUAUCAGAAAUUUAAGCUGGGGCCAUUUCUUUCUCAGAGCUGCAAAUGCUACUAAAUUACACAUUGAGAAAUAAAAGAUUUAUCGUUAAAAACAUGUGCUACAGAUUUAAGUCUAGAUGACCUAAAAGUCUGUAGAAGAAUAUGUAACUGGGAAGUAGGUUUGUUUUAUCUGCUCUGAUCUUAAGUUUUAACAUAUUCAACAUAUUAACAAAGAAAGUCCCAAGCAGCAGUGAAUAGCAUGAUGAAUUCUUGCCACAGAAAAAAUAGUAAACCCCCCAGAUAAAGGCAAAAUUGAUUUGAGAUUAUUCAUAAGGAAAGAAGAACUAUUCCACCAAGUGCAAAUAUCUGUUUGUGCUAUCUAGGUGUUCCGCAUUGUAGGGGUGAUGUUGCAUAGCAUCUCUUUGUAAGGUAACAGCAGAUGUCAUAUUUUAGGCUAACUGUGGUGCUUGUUUUCUAGCAAAAAUGCAAAGUGGGAAGUGAUAUUUUACAUUCUUGGUAUGCAAAUGUCUUUUUGCUAAUUUGACCUAAUAUUGGAUUUCCGUAGCCCGGAGUGCAGUUAUCUGUCUGCCCUAAAUGCAGAAUGAACUUCUGUACGAGAUGCUCAAAUUCCAGGAAGUGUCUUAACAGCCUACCUCAGGCCUAGCUUCUGUCUGCCUGCUGUCGUCUGCUUUGGCAUAAGGUCAGAAUAGCUUCUGAGAGGAAGAACUUCCCUACAGAGAGACACAUUUCUUACUGCUGCAAGUCCUAAAAUCUCAAGUAGUACUGAGAUGUCUGUGUAUAUCUAUGAAGUCUGAUUCCUUCAUACUGGAAAGCUGAGAAGCAUCUGAUUAAUUGAUUAAUGUGACCAAAAGUGAGGUCACAGGAAGUGACCAAAGUAGAUUUCAUUUAGAGACCUGAACUCCAGCACUGUGUUGUGAAGCCCACUGUUGACUUCUAGCCUAGGAAGGAGUGCAGAUUUUUUUUCAUUUUUAGCUAGCUUGCUUAGCAUCCAUACUUGGUUGAGCAUUUCUAGCCUAAAUUAAGGACUAGUGAAUAAAGCAUCUGAGUUUUUUGUAUUUACAAAAUACCAUCCGAAAUACUGUAUGGCAUGCAUGUUUGUUGGGAUUUUUUUGGAAAUGCAUUUAGAAAAACUUAGGUAAUCUAUCUGGUUAACUAGGUAGUAAUGUGAUUAGGGUUCCAAAACUGGAGAUUGUAGAACAGACAACUGGCUUCAGACAUAUUAAUUAAAGAAGCUGGUCUCAUGUCUAGUUGUAUAAUAGCACUGGAGAACCAGUAAAAGCCAAACAGCAAUAGAGCAAAAAGGUAGCAAUCACUUCAGAAAGGAAAGCAGUAAUACAAGUGUUCGCUGUGAUCCAGCUUGGAAGAAGUGUGGAGGAAGGGGAUGCAAACAGGUUGAUCAAAGUAGUCAGUGGUGUGUACUGAGAUAUACUUAAGGGAAGUAGUUAGAUCAAAACAGCUUUAAGACCCGUUUUCAAAAUAAAACAGUCCUUAAGAAUAAAAAGGAAAUGUUUCCUGUGUGCAUUCUUAAGAACCCUUACAUCUUAGUUUCACAGAGACCAGGCUAACAAACUUCAAAGAUGUCCAGAGCCUCUCUAAAGACGCACAAAAAAGUUCUUGUCAGAUCUGAAAGCAUGUAACAACAUACUGUUCUUAUGCUGUUGGCAUCAAUAUUUAUGUACUGGAUUGAAGGAGGCACUUUGCUGGGUAAGGUUACUUGUGGCAUCUGCCUCUGAGAAGAUAGAUGCUUAAUCUCACUAGGGCAGCAGAGUAUCUUGGGGUGUGGAGCUUUUUUGUUUUUAUAGUCUUGCUGCUCUGCGACUUGAAAUACACUUCCUGAACAUGUACAUCACCACUGAUGUCAUUCAGCCCCAGCUUAUUUUGGCUUAACCUAUUGGCAAAUGUGAAUUGCAGCCAUAUUUAAUUUCAGCUUGCCUCAGAAUAGAAACAAUACUUAACAGAAAAAGACAAAAUCAGAAGGCUCUUUCUUUGGACUCCUUAUAUUUGAGUAACUGUCAUUAUAAUAAGACUGGAAUACAAAUAGGGACUGAAUAUGGAAUUUGUCAGUUUACAUUGAAUCAUCUAAGUAAAAUACAACUGCAAAAAGUAAAUACUUCAGAGAGGAGGACCCGGAUGCCAAAAAGCUUCACAUUAGAAAUGAAACAAAGAAGCCUCUGCUAACACUUGACCAGUGCAGAAUCACUUGGAAGAAACCAGUUUCUCUAAUAGAAAAGCUGUAACUUGGCUCAGGGCUGCAGUGUUUUCAGUUGGUUAAAACUUCAGCGCUUCACUGGUCUCUGGAUAGAUAAACUUUCUAACAACCAAAUGUGAAAACAAGAAAUGGGAGGCAAGGCAGCAAGCACCACGCUGAGGAAGAAGCGUCAGCCUCCUAGGAGGGAAAGGUGGGAGACAAAAAGUAUUUGUCCCUAGCAUGUGAAUAGUUCUCAGUAGUCUUACAUUAAGAAUUUUGAUAGUACAUGCGUAUGUUGGAAGAAGAUCAGAGUCUCCAGCUCUUCUCUUGAAGAACAGUUCUUUUGCUGCUUCAACAUCUACAUGUGUUGGCAUGAUUUAACUGAGGUGGAAAUUCUGAGUGGACAUAAACUUGGGUCUCGCUUGUAGUAGUGGUUCCUGUAUCUCUGUUUUAUGAUUGUAUUUUGUCCUUCAGUAGCAGAAUGCUACUGUUUUAAUUAAUCAAACAUAGGGAAAUAUUCUAACUGUAGCCAGAACAUUGAAAUGUAGCCUUUCCAAAUGAGCCCUGCUAAUCUCCUCCUCUUGAACUUUGAGGUGAAUGCUGGUAGUUGACUAACAAUGAAUCCUUAUGUUCAUCUGGGGAAUAAUUGAGGCAGAGUCUUGUGACACAAUUCACAAAGUCUUUGGUUUAUUCUAAAGGCUUUGAGUUGGAAUUUAAGUGAAUAGAUGGCUCGGACUUCAAAUUGGUAUGUAUGGGGUUUGCUUGCGCGUUUGGGAGUCUUUCAGCCUUUGAACAAAAAGGAAAUUUAAUGGUGGCACUGCCUGCGUAUGAGUCUGUGAUCCUGCAUUUUCUCUUUUGAAUUUGAUGACUUUGAUAAGCUGUGGUACUCCAGGGCUGUAGCUGCAGACUCAGCUGUCCAGACUUCUCUGGUGGACUGAUGGUGUCUUGUGAUACAGUAAGUAACCCUUUAGCGAUCGUCAGAGAGCUCAGUUUGUCCUUGAUUAACUGUUCACAUCUCGUUUUGCAUUUCAGUAAUUGCACUACCAGUAGUUCAAGUCACCGGCAGGUGCUACCUGAGUGUUCUAUAUUUAACUAAAGAUCUGAUAGAUCUCCAAUGCCAGGUAACUGGUAAGCUUAUAGCACAGAGAGAAAGCAAUAAUCAGUGAUUGAAAUAAAGUAUGAUUUACUUGGUACAGUCCUCUGUACCCCAGGGGUGAGCAUGGGCCAAGUUUGCAGGAACUAUUUCACUGCAGAAGAAGUUGUGAUACAAGACCUUAACAUAGGUAACGUAGCAAAUGUUGCGUGUUGCUUGUGGCUGGUAGUGAUAAGGAACGGUGAGUCAGCAGAGAAGCUCUGUGGAAAGGCCCAUGUGUAAACAGAUGAAGCUCAGAAAGUUUUGUAUAACAUUUACAUGUUUUAGGGCCUUAGGAAUCUAGUGAUGGAUUCAUAAAACUGACUGUAUCUGUUAGUCUAAAACAAACAAAAAAAAACCCAACAAAGUCUUCCCAAUGUGAGCUGUCACCUUUGCAGUUUAAUCAUCUAUCAAAAGUGUAUUUGUAAAGAAACUAUUCUUUUCUCUGGUAAGUCAAAUGCUGUACUUAGGCAUGUUUGCAUUUCCCUGGUUGGGUUUUUGAGCGAAUGGGAGAGGCUGGGAAGCAGGGUGAAAGCAGGAGUAGGCAAAUGCGAUCAUAUUAGUAUUUGUGCUUAGUGGAAGUUAAGUCCCAUAAACAGAGAUAAAAACGGAGCCUUUUUUUUCUUCUUUGUGGGAAACUUCCUCUGAAGCUCAGGCAUGCUUAAAACAAUGAGAACUCCAAAUGAAAGCAACUGGUUUCAGUUUCAUUUCAGUAGCUGCGUACGCAGCGGCCAUGUACUGCUGUAGGUAGUAGAAAAUUUAAAAGCACUUCUUCAUAGAAGCAUGUCCUGUGGAAUUGCAGUGCCCAAACAGCAUGAUUCAAAUCUAGCCAAGAAAAUAAACAAAACUGUUCCGUUUUCAAAUAGAAAUGCCUUGGAGGUCAUUCUAGGUCUUUCAGUUUCUUCCACAAUGAAAUGAAAAGAUAGGUUUUGUCCAAGGCGCGGGGACAGACCUGACUCCCCUUAAAGAAAAUUAUAUAGUUCUUUUCCUACGUUAAAUGUAAAAGAGUAACAGAUUUACUCAGCACUAGCUUCAGCUAGUCGUUGCAAAGAAUUGGCUCAUGCCUGGAGGCACUAGCAAUAGGGACAGUAUUGUGCUAACAGCAAAGUUGCAACUGUGAGCUUGUCUGUUAGAAUAGACAAACAGUGUAUGUAUCUCAGACUCUCGGCGUUGAGGUGGCGAAUUGCAAGAUCUGAGUUUUGAUUCAAUUUGAUAUGAAGAUCACAGAACAAGGGAAAGAAGCCUUAUUUUUAAUUCCUGGUGCUGCUUCUAAAUAGAUCUCUGUAGCGUAAUGAGUUGCAAGGCAUAACUUUGCCCCUCAGGUUACAUCUUUCAGUAUACUGAACGAGUAGCUGACUCUGGAAGAUUGACAAUUCCAUAGAAAUGUGUGAAACAAAUUGCAGGCUUGAUUGACAUUUACUUUGUUAUAGAAAGGACUGCGUUUAAUGUCAGGAGAUAUCCACUGAAAAACUGGCAGUUCUACUGUAGCAGCAUUUUUUCUAAUUGUUUGCUUAAAUAUUAAUUUUAAGCUAAGUAUUAGACUAGCCUUUAGCUUACUGCUGAGAGCUUGAAUCCUUGCACCUGUGCUUCAUGGCAAAUGUUCCGUAUGCAGUGAUGUUUUUAGGAGGAAGGAAUUUCUGUAGCAGUUGGAUAAAGCCAUUCUAUUCUGCAGACCAAAGCUCCACUUCUGAGCCACCAGAGGCAUCAGUAAGGUAGUGUAAGAGGCAGCUUUCCUGCCGUCAGCUUAUUGCAGAGCAGAAGUGGUACGUGGUGUACUGACACUGUGCGGGGUCUGCCUUCAGAUCCCCUGGUGGUUGCUAUGUGAAAGAAGUGGUUCUUCCUACACAACUUGAAAGUCUGCAUAUUUGGGAUAUUCUUAUUCCUAGCACUGAAGUUGAGUAUUUUUGAAAGAAAAACUAAACUUAAUCAUACUUAGAUAUUGUGAGGUCUGUCUUUUCUCUCUCAAUCCAGGGAAACUUUAGAGCUAGGGUAUGCUGCAUCUUAAUUUUUCUGUUUUAAUGUUAAGGGCAGGUAACAGUACACAUUGAGAUUUGUGCUAUGCUUUGCUUGCUGUGUGUUGUCUUUAGAUGAUUUACUUGCAGCUGCGAUAGCAUGUUGCUGAGAUAAUCAUUUAUUAGCUGGCCGUACAGUGGUGUGACCCUUUCCUACCCUACAAAAGUGCUACUGUUGUUGGGCCUCAAUUUAAAUUAAAAGCAUCCAGCACCACACAAAGCAAGUAUUUUGUGUAUUGUACUGAGAUGUCUUCAGGAUGGACAGAGAAGCCUUGGUUGCAGGCUUCACAGAUAUACUUCAAGACUUCAGCCUUUAAAAAAAGAAAAAGAGAAGUAGUGGUCUGAUGCACGUUGCUAGUCUCUGGCCUGCCUCAUGGAAACUGAAGAUAAGGUGAGGAAUUUGAAACUGGAGCAUGAGCAGGAGAAAAACAAGAUCUUGUCAGAAGCAUUAGAGACACUAGCUACUGAGCACCAUGAACUAGAGCAGUCUCUGGUUAAGGGAUCUCCUCCUCUCAGCAUCAUCAGUGAGGAGCAGUUCUAUGAUGCUGUUUCAGAUUCAGAAUCUGAAAAAUCAUUAAGUGGAUUUGAAACUACAACAGCCUACUCACUAGAAGACAGCAUGGAUUCAAAAGAUACAAUAACUUCAAGCGUGUCUGAAGAAAAGGUUUGUGGCAGUGGAGAGUCAAUGUCUAAUGGAAUCAAAAAACACAGAACAAGCUUGCCAUCUCCAAUGUUUUCCAGAAAUGACUUCAGUAUUUGGAGUAUCUUAAGAAAAUGCAUUGGAAUGGAGUUGUCCAAGAUCACAAUGCCAGUUAUAUUCAACGAGCCAUUGAGCUUCCUUCAGCGACUUACAGAGUACAUGGAGCACACGUACCUCAUCCACAAAGCCAGCUCUCUGUCUAGCACAACUGAGCGAAUGCAGUGUGUUGCUGCAUUUGCUGUGUCUGCUGUAGCCUCGCAGUGGGAACGUACAGGGAAGCCAUUCAACCCAUUGCUUGGAGAGACGUAUGAAUUGAUCAGAGACGAUCUUGGGUUUAGACUUCUCUCAGAGCAAGUUAGCCAUCAUCCACCAAUCAGUGCUUUCUAUGCUGAAGGUUUAAAUAAUGAUUUUGUGUUUCAUGGAUCAAUUUAUCCUAAACUCAAAUUCUGGGGCAAGAGUGUGGAAGCAGAACCAAAAGGCACAAUGACUUUGGAGCUUCUUGAACACAACGAAGCCUACACAUGGACAAAUCCUACUUGCUGCGUGCACAACAUUAUUGUGGGCAAACUUUGGAUUGAGCAGUAUGGAAACGUGGAAAUAACUAACCACAAAACUGGUGAGAAAUGUGUGCUGAGUUUCAAGCCCUGCGGCCUCUUUGGGAAGGAGUUGCAUAAAGUUGAAGGCUACAUACAGGACAAAAGCAAAAAGAAACUUUGUGCGCUGUACGGGAAGUGGACGGAGUGUUUGUACAGCGUUGACCCAGCUACUUUUGAAGCUUACAAGAAAAAUGACAAGAAAAAUGCAGAAGAGAAGAAAAGCAGUAAACAGGUGAGCAACACUGAGGAACCCGAUGAGAUGCCACUGCCAGAUUCUGAGAGUGUGUAUGUUAUUCCUGGAAGUAUUUUACUAUGGAAGAUAACUCCAAGGCCUCCAAAUUCAGCACAGAUGUACAAUUUCACUAGCUUUGCUAUGGCUUUGAAUGAAUUGGACAAAGAAAUGGAAAGUGUCAUUCCCAAAACUGACUGCCGGCUACGACCAGAUAUCAGAGCCAUGGAAAAUGGAGAAAUAGAUCUGGCUAGUGAGGAGAAGAAGAGGCUAGAAGAAAAGCAAAGGACCGCCCGCAAAAAUCGUUCAAAGUCAGAGGAGGACUGGAAGACGAGAUGGUUCCACCAAGGCCCCAAUCCCCACACCGGCACACAGGACUGGCUCUAUUCUGGCAACUACUGGGACAGAAACUACUUUAAUUUGCCUGAUAUUUAUUAAAACGCAAUAAGAAGCCUGUGGCUGAUACAAAUAAGUCUUAAUCUGUUUUAAUGUUUUCCCUCAUUUUACUUACCUCCUGAAAGAACUAACGUUAUCCAACAGAAUAUUACGCAUCUCCGCAGUAAAUCUGGCGGUGCGUGGCUGCGGUCCCUUAGGUAGGGGAUUAACUUUUCUGGCUGGCAGUGGGUCCCACGUGGACAAAGUCAGCGAGUCACCACGAUGUACAGCUGCCUGGUUUGCUGAAUACACCUAUAUUAGGUUGUGGUGUAUGAGGAAUGGAACGCCUUGGCUGUUCUGUGAAUACCUUCUUUCAUAGAUAACAUUGGCACAAGCAAAACUGGUUUUAUUUAUUACGACAUGGGAAUGCCUAGAAGCACACAAAGUCAUGGCAAUAUUCUGUUCUUAAAGCAGAGGAGGGUGUGUCACUUUUGUACAGAGGCAGUUUUUCAUGAAGCGACUUUUCUUUCACUGAAGUAACUCCCUUCAACCCUGACCUCGGGUCAGAGAUCCCAGAAGCGCGCCCAUCUCUGGAGCCUUCACGCAGUUGUUGAAGCUGGUAACGUUACUCAGAGCUAUUUAUUCCCUAUUUUGUGCAGUGUGUUUUGAAUUUCGCUCUCCUGUUUUUGCUACCAGCCUUAUGGUUUAAGGAAUUAAGAGCCAUUUAAACACCUGUGGAUUGGAUUUCAACUGCACACUAAUAACAGGUUUGAAAAGAAUCUGUUCAAUGCACUAUAAGUUCUGAUGCCCAGCACUACUGCAAACAGGCAAGAAGUGGAUCAGUCCGGGACCUGGUGGGACUGUCUGCACACUGCAGGCUGCCUGGGAGGAAGCCUUGUGCAUCUCAGAGGUAGGAAGGCACUUCAGCGAGGCCUCCUGUGCACAGCUGCUUUACCCCUUUUCAGUGGGGUGCAUUCAAUCUUAGAGUGUAAGUUUAUACUCAACUGUGUACAGAGCUUCUAGAGGGCGAGCUGUUCCUUGUACAAUAUUUUAACUGCUGUCUGGAGGUUAGUGUUAAUUGAAUAAUUUAAUUGCUACUAAAUAAAGGCUUCAAAACUUCUUGCA